AUGGCCGUCACAGUACUCAACACCCUCCUGGUUGGACUGCUUGCCACCGGCGUAGAGGCCGUGAGCAAUGGGCUGGCGUUGACGCCUCCGAUGGGAUGGAACAACUGGAAUGCAUUUGGUUGUGACGUCUCGGAAGAGUUGCUCUUGAGCACCGCAGAGACGAUCAUCAACCUAGGGCUAAGAGAUCUGGGCUACCAGUAUGUGGUUCUGGAUGACUGCUGGCAAGAUGUCAACGGGAGGGACGCGAAUGGAAAGUUGCAGCCGGAACUGAGCAGGUUCCCGAAUGGCUUGAAAUCGAUAUCGGACCAAUUGCACAGCAAGGGGCUGAAGUACGGCAUGUACUCGAGCGCAGGCGAGAUGACUUGCGCUCGGUUCGAUGGAUCUCUCGACCAUGAGGUGGAGGAUGCCCAGAGCUUCGCGUCAUGGGGAGUCGACUUUCUCAAGUACGACAGCUGCUAUCACAUGGGCCGAAUCGGCACCCCCCAGAUUUCUUUCAACCGUUUCAAGACCAUGUCUGAUGCUCUCAAUGCCACCGGUCGGCCUAUUCUCCUCAACCUUUGCAACUGGGGAGAAGAUUACGUGCACACGUGGGGAAUGUCCAUUGCCAACUCAUGGCGAAUUACUGGUGACAUUUACGAUUCGUUCACGAGACCAGAUGAUCUCUGUGGGUGUGAUACCACCAUCUCGGACCCAUUCUGCAUUGCGCCAGGUACGCACUGCUCGGUGCUGUUCAUCUUGAACAAGGUUGCAGCGUUCGCGGACCGCAGCAUCCCUGGAGGAUGGAGCGAUCUGGACAUGCUCGAAGUCGGACAGGGCGGCAUGACGGAUGAGGAAUACAAGGCACACUUUGCGCUGUGGGCCGCUCUCAAAUCUCCUCUGUUCCUGGGUAAUGAUCUGAGAGACAUGCCUGCUUCGGCGCUGACCAUUAUCAACAACCCCGCCAUUCUCGCUCUGAGCCAAGAUCCCCACGGAAGAUCGGUCACCCGCGUGCGACGUGAUGUGCAAGGGGUUGCGAAGGAUGAAUGGGGCAUGGGCGAGACGCAGGUAUGGAGCGGAUACCUUCAAAAUGGUGAUGAAGUUGUCAUCUUUCUCAACGCCGGUGGGGAAGAUAUCGAGAUGCAGGUCACCCUCGCCGAGAUUUUCAUCCCCUUCGGCCCGGGAGGGUCCGCUCCCCACGUGAAGAGCGACUGGGCCGUACACGAUCUCUGGGCGCACCGGAUGUCAGAGGAGACGGCAGAAGCUCUCAUGGCGGCGGCGACGGACGAGCGGAGGGCUGCCAUCCUCAAGGACGUGAACUGGUACAACGCCACGGAGACUCCUUUUGAGGAGGGCCUGCGCAACAACGACCCGAGAUUGUUCGGCGAGAAGAUUGGAGAGGUCAAAGCAGGCGGCAUCCUGAAGGCACCGGUCACGAGCCACGCCGCGAGGGUGUUCCGCUUGCGCAGGAUUGCAAAGCAGGGAGAGACCUUCAAGGGAAAGAGCAUCGAUAGAGUAGCCAAGGAUGAGCUAUAG